AAAGAGAAAAUUACAAAGCAUAGACUUUCAUGCCCAAUACUCAGAAAUAUAACAUUGCCAGUGCCUUGAAAACUACCUGUGUAUACUUUCCUGGCCAUAUCUCUGAAGCUACUAAGUAGAGAUAAUCAGUGUUCGGUUUAAUGCUGUCUUGGUCAUUCUCAUCCUUCAUUAUCUUUGUUUGCUUGACAAACCUGGGGAAAAAAUACACAAACAAUUUAAUACCUGGGAAUACUGUUUUUUCUUCAAGAUUUUUGUGUUAACCAACCAAGUGCCUAAGAUGUUUAGUGUAGUCUUUCCUUCUUUCUGUCCUCCAUUCUGGGGAUUGAACCCAGUGCUGUGUACUGAGCUGCAUUCCCAGAACUUUAAAAAGAAAAAAAAAAAUUUAAAUUUGAGAUAUAGGGUCUUGCUAAGGUCAUAAAUUCCCAUGGCUGGACUUGAACUUUUUGUUCCUCCUGCCUCAGCCUCCUGAAGUGCUGGAAUUACUGUGUUUCUUCAUGGGAACAUCGGCACAAUGACCUGUUCUCCUGUUACCCACCUCCACUACACUGUAUUAUUUUAGGAUUAGCUUGUCAUUGCUGCAAAGGCCCACUAGGGGCUCGGCAUGGUUUAUGCCUAUAAUCCAGGACUAAGGUUGAGGCAGAAGGAUCACUGUGAGUUCAGGUCACGCUGUACUCUGUAUUGAAUCUGUCUCAAAAAAAAAUAAAUUUUGGUGGACAUUUGACGUCUUAGCAGUAGUGAGUCUUCAAUUCCAUGAACAGAUUAUAUCUCCCUUUUUUUAGGUCUUUGUUUUCAUUCGGUACUAUUUCAGUUUUUCAGUAUGUAGAUCACUCUCAUUUUGUUCAAUUCACCCUCAGUAUUUAAUAUUUUUGGUGUUAGAAUGGUAUUUUUUUAAAUUUAAACUUAAAAAGUUAUUUAAUUGACUAAGAAUACAUUCAAGGUAAGCAGUGUGCCUUUUUGCCUAUGUUUAUACAUGAUACGAUUACAACUGUCAAACAACGCAUCCAUCACCACCCAUUCUGCAGAUUGGGUCCCUGGAACUUGAUCAUUGACCAGUGUCUUACCAUCUCUCCUGGCAUCAGCUUUUGGCAGCCAUCUUUCUAAUUCUAAUUCUGUGGGUUUAUUAGGUUAAAUAUAGAAGUGAGGUCAUGCAGUUUCUUUUUAUGUCUGGCUUGCUUCAUUCAGCAUGAUGUCCUCCAGGUUCAUCCAUGUCACAAACGAUCGAAAAGAAAUGCUUAGAAAUAAAUAAGGCUUCCCUCUUCAGUCUUGGAUAUAUAUCAUGGGGAUUGGGAAGUCUAAAAUGCACACCUUCCCUCUCUGCUUCUCCUGGGGUAAAAGUCACGGUGGGGAUGAGAGUCUAGACCACCAUGAGUCCAUGAAGCCUGAAGCUGUCUGUUUGUCAGGUGUGGAGCAAGGUGAUAGAGCAGAGGAGCAGACAGAGGGAGCUGAGGUGGGCGAAGAGAUUCCUGAAGGGGAGGCCGAAGAGGUGUUCCACAAAUUUGUGAUACUGCACGCAGAAGAUGAUACGGAGGAAGCCCUGAGAGUCCGGGAACUGUUAGAAAAUGACUUUGGUAUCAAGCCUGGAAUUAUCUUUGCUGAAAUGCCAUGCGGCAAGCAGCAUUUGCAGAAUUUGGAUGACGCCGUAAAUGGGUCUGCAUGGACAAUCUUAUUACUUACUGAAAACUUUUUAAGAGAUACUUGGUGUAAUUUCCAGUUCUACACGUCCCUAAUGAAUUCCGUGAACAUGCAACACAAAUACAACUCCGUUAUACCCAUGAGGCCCCUGAACAACCCCCUUCCUCGAGAAAGGACUCCCUUUGCUCUACAAACCAUCAAUGCCUUGGAAGAAGAAAGUCGUGGCUUUUCUACACAGGUAGAAAGAAUUUUUCAGGAAUCUGUGUAUAAGACACAACAAGCUAUAUGGGAGGAAACAAGGAAUCCCAUCCAAAGACAACCUAUUGCCUAAAAUGAAGCAUACAACACUUGGCUGCCUGUUGUGUUGUGAGCCACAUAAAUCAUUAAUCAGGUAGAAAGCAAUGUCUAAGAAAUGUUUUAAUAAAAAGAUCUCACACUUACAGAAAUUGAUGGAGAAAGGACUCCAUCAAGAGAAAGAGACAUUUCUGCAGGACAGACUUCAAAGCUGUGAUAAUGGUUAGUGUUUCAAUAAACUCAAGACUGUUGGAACAUUUCCUUUCCUCUCAUCGUUUUCCUCAUUCAUGACUGUGAUAAAGGAUGCUCCCAGUUAGUGUUCCUUGUGCUGAAUCUUGAACAAGAUUGAGUCUAGGAGACCUUUAAAAAUGUGAAUAACACAUGUAUUCUCUGAAUUUUGUUCUCAAAAGAAAAAAGAAAAUGGCACCAUGAGGUCUAGCCACACUCUUGAGGCUCCUCUGGGAACUCCUGUAAUGGAGUAUUCCAGACCUGUCACCCAGAAAUACGAGUUCCAGAAUACAGUGGUUAGUGCUGAUGAAGUGAAAAUCAAAAUCGGUAACUUCUCUCACAGCCUUUGAAAAGGUUCCCUCGCACACAGUGCUUGACUCAGGAAAUACUUGGCUCCUACUGGCCUGUGUGUGUUUGUGCACAUAUCUGUGCAGGUUGUGGAUUGGUUUUGAAGUCUCGUGGUAGAAGGAAGAGAUGUAUUUUAUCACCUCCUUUUCUAGUGCUCUAGGCUCAUGCCAAUCCAGAGAGGCCCCAGUCAUGCCUACUGCUUUCUCUCACAGCCCCUCUGCCUAUCUAAGAUUGGGGAAGUGCUAUCAAACACAGAUCCGGGACCAGGUAGAGAAUGAGUCAUGUCCUGUCCUGAGAAAAAGCAGGCAGGAAACUUGAUUCUAGUCCAGUCUCUGCUGCUGGGGAUGAAUGUGAUAUUGGACAACCCUCUUGUUCUCUGUCUGUGAAAUGAAAAAGAGGGACUGGUGGAUCUCUAGAGGCUUUGGUCCUUUCCUAGGAUGUGAAAAGCUGGGAACUAGAUAAAGGAGCAAGCAAAGAGGCAGAGUUUUGUAAGGUGACAUAUAAUAGUUGCAGAAGGCUUUAUAGAUGUUUACAAUGAGAAUAUUUGUGUAUUAGUACUUGGUUUUAAUGCAGUCUACCACACUUUUACAGUCAUAAUAAAGAUUGAACAUGCUUACUCGGUUUUUUAAAAUACACUUUUUAUAGAGACCUUCAAGGAAAGACAUUCUUUAUAAUUUUUCUUUCAUCUUAUCUCUUUUUGUAUCCCCUCCUUAUAUUAAGGUCUGCUCAUAUCUGUUCAAUUCACAUCUUCAUAACCACAAACCAGAAUGUUUUUGGUUUUGCAUGCAAGUCGGUUAAACCUCCUAUUCUGUUAACAGUAUUGGAGGAAAAGGUUAUCUUCAUUGCCUGGUAACAUUUUCUUAACCUUUUUGUCAUAUUCUUUCUCGGUUUUAAUAAGCAUUCACUUUUUUGCCAUAAUGCUUCCAAUAUCUCAAAUUUCAUGUAAUAAUAAAAUGUUAACCACCCACCUUUCCUGUUUGCCAAACUGAAAUUGAUGCUGGAUGAUAUUUUUUAAAAUAAAUGUUUUUAUUCUUUACCCUUGA